AUGUCAAGUUCAUCAGCAAAGAACAGUCUGUCGUUCUUGUCGCAAGACAUGAGCGUUCCUGAAUCGGUUUCUAAAUGGCAAUCAUUCAAGGAUUCAUUUAAGCCUGCCAUAGAAGAUAAGGUAACUUACGAGGACCUAGAUCUGGUGGAAAAGGCAAACAUCAAUACCUCGAACUCAAAACUUUCUAAGGGUUUGAAGCAGAGACAUUUGCAAAUGAUCGCUGUCGGUGGAUCAAUUGGCACUGGUUUGUUCGUUGGAACAGGUUCCGCACUAGGGGCCGGAGGACCUGCUGGUAUUGUCAUUGCAUGGGCUGUUACAGCUACCUUCGUUUACACUACUAUGCAAGGACUUGGUGAACUUAGCACAGCUUACCCAGUCAGUGGUGGAUUUAAUGUUUAUGCCACCAGAUUCAUUGAGCCUUCGAUUGGUUUCGCAGUCGGUUGGAACUACUUUAUGCAAUUUCUUGUCCUUCUACCACUUGAAUUGGUGGCAGCUUCGAUCUCUAUCAAGUACUGGAACCAAUCACUCAAUCCGGUCAUUUUCGUGGCUAUUUUCUGGUGCUUCAUUUUUGUUGUGACUAUGACAGGUGUGAAGUGGUUUGGUGAAGCCGAGUUUAUUUUCUGUCUCAUUAAAGUUGUCGCAGUGACCGGAUUCAUUAUUUUAGGGAUUGUUCUCAUUUGCGGUGGCGGUCCAAAUCAUCAAUUUGUGGGAGGCAUGUAUUGGAGAAACCCAGGUCCUUUUGCCAAUGGUUUCAAGGGUGUUGCUUCUGUCUUCAUUAUGGCUGCCUUUUCUUUUGGUGGCACAGAGUUAGUGAGUUUGAGCGCUGCCGAGGCCGAUGAUCCAGGAAGAGCAGUUCCUAAAGCCAUUAAGGCCGUAUUCUUCAGAAUUGCGAUUUUUUAUUUUGGCACAAUUGUCCUCAUUGCAACCUUGGUUCCCUCAAAUGACCCCCGUCUUCUCAGCGCCAAUUCGGCUGAUGCCAGUGCAUCGCCUUUUGUUCUUGCUAUUGUCAAUGGAGGUGUGAAGGUCUUACCUAGUAUCUUCAAUGCUGUCAUUCUUAUCUCCGUGCUCUCAGUGGGUAAUAUCUCUGUGUACGCCUGUUCCAGGUCCCUCAAUUCUCUUGCAGAGCAAGGGAUGGCUCCUAAAUGGACUGGCUACAUUGACAGAAAAGGAAGACCAUUAUUUGCACUUGUUUUUGCAAACCUUUUUGGCCUCAUCUCUUUCGUUGUUGCAUCUGAUGCUCAAGCUGAGGCUUUUGCUUGGUUACUUGCCAUUUCUGGUCUUUCAUCUAUAUUCACUUGGAUGUCGAUCAACAUUGCUCAUUUAAGAUUCCGUUCUGCAAUGAAAGCUCAAAAUAGAUCGCUUGAUGAAUUAGCCUUCGUUGCAUCGACCGGCAGAAUUGGAUCAUGGUACUCUUUUAUCCUCUGUUUCCUCGUUAUUGUAGCCACGUUCUGGUUGGCCAUUUCUCCAAUCGGAGAAAAAGCAACGGCUAGCAAUUUCUUUCAACAAGUUCUCGGCCUUCCCGUCAUUGUGGCCACUUACAUAUUCUACAAGGUUUGGAAGAGAGACUUAAGAUUGAUUAUCCCAGCAACGGAGGUUGACCUAGAGACAGGCCGUUUAGUACCAGAUCCAGAUAUGAUGGCCGAAAAAAAUGAUCCAAGGCCGCUUUGGAGAAGAAUCCUCGGCGUUGUGUAUUAA